GUAAAACAUUAUAGGUAAUCAUGAAGACAGUACACUUGAUUUUAUUCGUUUCCAUCGUUGUGGCCACAAGAGCCCAAAUUCCUAAUUUGGGCUUUUGUCCAGACUACCUCCCAAUGGCAGAUUUUGACAUAGAAAGGUUUCUAGGAAAAUGGUACGAAGCCGAAAGGUAUUUCCAAUUUUCCGAAGUUGCCACUCGAUGUGUUGUCACAGAUUAUGCCAAAGCACCUAGUGGACGAAUUUACGUUUCCAACGAAGUCACCAAUAGAUUGACGGGCGUAAAACGUGUCAUUGACGGAAGCUUAGAACUCAGCGGUAAAGCAGGAGAAGGAAAACUAAAUGUCAAAUAUUCAACAACCCCCAUCGCGAGCGAAACAGCCCUUACCGUUUUAGAUACAGAUUACGACUCCUAUGCAGUUAUUUGGAGUUGUAGCGGCUUUGGUCCUAUUCAUGCCCAAAGCGCAUGGGUGAUGACGCGAGAACGGCUACCAUCAGGUGUUGUCUUGCAGCAAGCCUAUGGAGUUUUAGACAAAUUUAAAAUCAGCAGAACUUUCUUUGUCAAAACGGAUCAAGAAGGUUGUGCUAUUGCAGCUUCAGAUAUCAAUGCUGCUAAUGGUAUUACCGCAACUUCGACAAUUGCUGAAGCCACAGGCUCAGAACAGAAAAAUGUAAAUAAACCAGAAGAGAAAGACGAUAAAGCGGAGAAUCCGGCAGUGGAGGAAAAACAAACAGUUCAAAAUUAAAGUUUUAAAGAGGCAUUAUACAAUAUUUAUUUUACUGUUUGUUUAUAAUUAUUUAUCUAAUAUUCUAAAUAAAUUGUUAAAUCCUA